UGUAGCCACCAACCACUACGGUAGAGUGUAGCCACCUUUAAAAUCACCCAUGAGAUCUGGGAUUCCUUUGCUGACGAUUUUUGCCUACUACAUUUAGUCAUAACGAUCGUUUUUUUCUUCUUGUUUGGGAUAUCUUCAAAACUCUGUGAAAUCAUUUAGCAGCCCACUUUUUCCAGACAAGAUGGAAAGAAUGUUGGUAAAUGGUUCUGAUAAUGGAGAAGGAGAAUCAUACGAUUCACACAAAGCCAAGGUUGAUCCUGCAAAACCUGCAUCUCUUACUUGGCAACGGAGACUAAACACAAAGGAGGUUGUCCUUUCAACAUUUGGCUUGACUCUGAAAGAGAUUAUCACUCUGGCUCCAACAGGUAUUCGGCUGUGGCGACAUCUUAGAGGAGAAAAAUCUUCGGAACAGGUAGCAUUUCUCAAUCCAUUUAUGAAACGUGAUCUGUCAUCAUGCCAUGGUGUUCCUUUAGGUGGUAUUGGUGCAGGAAGCAUUGGAAGAAGUUACAAGGGUGAAUUUCGACGUUGGCAACUAUUUCCCAGGAUAUGUGAAGAUGGACCAGUUUUAGCAAACCAGUUUUCUGUAUUUGUUUCACGCCCAAAUGGUGAAAAGCAUUCUACUGUACUAUGCUCAGGAUAUCCAGACUCACAAAAUGCUAGCCCAGCAUCAGGGGUAGGAUCUUGGGAUUGGAAUCUAAAUGGAAGCAGCUCUACAUACCAUGCAUUGUUCCCAAGGGCCUGGACAGUAUAUGAUGGUGAACCAGACCCCAAUCUUAAAAUAGUAUGUCGUCAAAUUUCCCCUGUUAUCCCUCAUAAUUACAAAGAAAGCAGCUUCCCUGCAGCAGUAUUUACUUUUACGUUGUCUAAUUCAGGAAAGAUGGCUGCUGAUGUCACUUUACUUUUUUCAUGGGCGAACUCUGUUGGUGGGGAUUCUGGGUUAUCUGGUCAUCAUUUCAACUCAAUAUUUAGGAUGGAGGAUGGUGUUCGUGGAGUACUCUUGCACCACAUGACUGCCAAUGGGCUACCUUCGGUAACAUUUGCCAUCGCAGCUGAAGAAACAGAUGAAGUACGUGUCUCCGAGUGUCCUUGCUUUGUUGUAUCUGGAAACUCUCAAGGCAUUACAGCAAAAGAUAUGUGGCAUGAAGUAAAAGAGCAUGGAUCAUUUGAUCACCUUCAUUUUGAAGAAAUGUCAAGGCCUUCUGAACCGGGUUCACUUGUCGGGGCAGCCAUUGCAGCUUCUGUAACUAUUCCAGCAGAUACAGUACGCACUGUUACAUUUUCGCUGGCAUGGGCCUGCCCUGAAGUCAACUUCUCAGGUGGCAGAACUUACCACAGGCGCUAUACAAAAUUUUAUGGAACUUUUGGAAAUGCGGCAUCUGCAAUUGCACAUGAUGCUAUUCUUGCGCAUGAAAGUUGGGAGUCACAGAUAGAAGCAUGGCAAAAACCCAUUCUUGAAGAUAAGAGGCUUCCUGAAUGGUAUCCUAUCACUCUCUUCAAUGAACUCUACUACCUUAAUGCCGGAGGAUCAAUUUGGACAGAUGGAUUACCAGCUGUGCAUAGUUUAUCUGCAAUAGGGCAAAGAAAGUUUUCGCUCGACAGAUCUAAUCCAGCUCUCAAAAACACCAUCAAUCAUUCUAAUCAUAACGACACUGCUACAGGCAUCCUAGAGAGAAUGACUUCAAUACUUGAGGAGAUUCAUUCUCCUAUUUCGCUGAAUUCCGCCUUUGGAACGAAUCUGCUCCAAAAAGGGGAGGAAAACGUAGGCCAGUUCCUCUAUCUUGAAGGGAUUGAGUAUUACAUGUGUAAUACCUAUGAUGUUCACUUUUAUGCGUCAUUUGCCCUAGUUAUGCUAUUCCCAAAACUUGAACUUAGCAUCCAAAGAGACUUUGCUGCUGCAGUUAUGAUGCAUGAUCCCAGUAAGAUAAGAACUUUGCAAGAUGGACAAUUGGCUCCAAGAAAAGUUCUUGGUGCUGUUCCUCAUGAUAUUGGAAUGAACAAUCCAUGGUUUGAAGUGAACUUCUACAAUCUUCACAACACGAAUAGGUGGAAAGAUUUGAAUCCGAAAUUUGUUCUGCAAAUUUACAGGGAUGUGGUUGCAACAGGUGAUAAAAAAUUUGCCGAAGCUGUUUGGCCAUCCGUUUAUGUUGCAAUGGCUUAUAUGGAUCAAUUUGACAAGGAUGGGGAUGGGAUGAUUGAGAACGAAGGGUUUCCUGACCAGACUUAUGAUACAUGGUCUGUGUCUGGUGUGAGUGCAUACUGUGGCGGGCUGUGGGUGGCUGCCUUGCAAGCUGCUUCAGCACUGGCUGGUGAAGUUGGUGACAAAGGUUCUGAGGACUACUUUUGGUUUAAGUUUCAGAAGGCAAAGAAAGUAUACGAGAAAUUAUGGAAUGGUUCUUACUUUAACUAUGAUGAUAGCGGUGGCAGUGCAAGUUCUUCAAUUCAAGCCGAUCAGCUGGCUGGGCAGUGGUAUGCUCGAGCCUGUGGUCUAUUGCCCAUAGUUGAUGAAGAGAGAGCUAAACUUGCCCUAGAGAAGGUUUACAAUUUCAAUGUCUUGAGGGUAAAAGAUGGAAGGAUGGGGGCUCUUAAUGGAAUGUUGCCUAGUGGACAACCAGACAUGUCUUGCAUGCAAUCAAGGGAAAUAUGGAGUGGAGUUACAUAUGCUGUUGCUGCAUCCAUGAUGCAUGAAGACCUGAUGGAUAUGGCAUUUAAGACGGCAGGUGGAGUACAUGAAGCUGCUUGGGCAAAAGAAGGUUUUGGCUACUCUUUUCAGACUCCUGAAGCUUGGAACUUGGAGGGCAAGUUCAGAUGUCUGGGUUACAUGCGGCCCUUGGGAAUAUGGGCAAUGCAAUGGGCACUUACACAGCAACCGAGACAUCCCAAAAAGGAGAUGAAGCAAGAGAUCAAGGAAGCUGAUUUGUUUAAGGAGCAUGCUGGUUUUUCGCGAGUUGCACGUGUUCUCAAGCUAGCCGAAGAGCAGGAUACUAGAAAUCUUUUACAGGUUAUUUUUGAUUAUACAUGUAAAAGAAUGUGGACUUGAUUUUGAAAUAAUCUCGAGUUGGCAAAGACAUAAGAUGUACUUGAUGCCUAUUGGCCAAAAUGUAUUAUUUCCUAUAUUGAAUCUUGUAUAAUUUGUCACCAGAACAAUUGAGAAUUUCUUUUGUGGUCAA